CCAUGGACGUCUCAACACUCCUCCAACAAUUCGAAGAUCUCAAUCACUCCGAACGAGUGAGACGCAUGGUAGAGCUUGGCACAGAGUCCAAGAACAACGACACGGCGAGAGAAACCAUCAAUGUUCUUAAUUAUGGGUCAUUGUACGAGAAAGCUUUGGCAUUGGAAACAUGCUAUGGUAGCCGAAACAUCACGAUCGCUCAGCAGGCGCUGGCAUCCUCCUCCAGACACCUGAGGAAACGAGCUUUGAACCUAAUAGGACUUCUUGGUACUGAUGAGGAAUUUCUUGAUGCACUUCGGAGAGUACCAAAUAAUCUACAGAUUCAUACUAUACGACGCUUUCGAGACGCUCGUCGGCAUCGGCAGCGACUUCGGGUGAUCGAGACAUUUCUGGAAGAACUGGAGAAGACGAAUCGCGACCCCAAUCUAUUCAGGAGCCUUAUUUCUCUUGGUUCCAAAGAAAUCCUAGAACGGCAUCUUCCUGGGUUGAUUGACGGCGUUUCGUUCAGAGACUGGUCUGAGCUUGCGAAAUAUCAUCCCGAUGUUGCGCAGAAAGCACUUCAAGAUUGGAUUGAUCAAUCUUCUGAAGAUGAAGAUCUGCUUGUCGAAACCGUCGUUCACGUUCUUCGUCAGUGGAUGGCCCACGAAUACAACAUUGGCCGUGCUGUUACCCUCUUUAAAGCAGCACAUAAGAAGAUCUCCAUAGAUUGGCUGCCUGUGAGGGAGCUAGCUGGGAAACGACCAAAAGAGCUUUUUCAAAUUCUACUUGACAGCGACGAAGACAUAGAGGAACAUGUAUUGGAGAGGUUGGAGUCCAGGAUCCUUCGAAAGCUUCCGCUAAGCCAGUUCCUCGAGGUCUUCAAACGCUAUCCAUUUGUGAUAGAUUCGUGGAACGCCCCUGACAGUUUUGACGAUCUUACCAUUGAGCAGCGUAAAGCGGUGUACAAGAUCGUUCAUGUGGGUUGGCGGAACCAAGGUGGAAUCAUUACACAACUUAGUCUUGAGAAGCUACCAAGAGAAGAACGUAUUCUUGAAGCUCGUAGACACCUCACGAGUAGUAAAUUUGUUACCAAUCCAGAAAGGAAAAUCAAAUACGUUGCUUUGCUCCCCUGGGACGAGGCAGUGGAGCUACAAGCACCUUUCCUGCGCUCAAGUGAUGCGGACACUCGUGCGUCCGCACUCAAAUGUCAAAUUUCAGCUACCAAGUUCGACGAUUCACAUCUCAAUGAUGCACUGCAGCUUGCAUUGGCACGGAAGAACGAGCAAGAUCCAGUCAAAAAGGAGAUGAUUGCAGGAUUGGUAGAGAUACCGGCUUCUCGAUGGAAAGAAAGUCACUUGAAUGACCUGGGAAAUAUAUUGCGCAACCUUCUGGACACUUCAGAUACCUCUACCUGGACACUGUACAGUAUGACGGAUCUGGUUACGGGGAUCAUUUCGUACCACCCUCGUUGGGCGGCGAAACAGCUAGCCACUAUUAUUCGGGAGCGCAAACCCCCGUUGAAUCGAUUUUGGCUUUCGGGAUAUAUUCCAGUCAAGAACGUGAUGGAGGUGUUGGCGGAAGAAAUGUCUCCAGUACUCGCAAAUCUGCUGAAGAAAAAGGAUGGAGCCACUCUGGAGAACAUAGCUACAGCUUUCGACAAGAUGACCAAGCACUGGCCUGAACUUCUGGAUACUUGUGAGAAAGUUUUGAAUGAUUCAGAGAUGAAGCAACACCAUACGGCAAUGUUGAAUAUCCUGAAGGAGCACCAACCUCGCUCUUGGAAUCGUGUCAUCCCGUCACUUCUUGCAGGGAAUAGAGAGGUAGCAUGUGAGGCUGUUGUUUUGAAGUAUAUCCAUACAAGAGAGCAGAAGUUUCUUUGGAGCUAUCUCAAAUCUGGAGACGAAACCAAAAGAGACAGAAGAAAAGCACUCGGACAUUUGAGCAACAGUAGAGUCGGCUUCUGGCGAUGGACACAAACUCAACAAGAAGCACUCACAACGAUCUUGCUUGACGAAUGCAACGACCAAGAGCUGGAGUCGGAUAAGAAAACUAGUAACAUCAAACAGCUCAGUGCUUUAGCCUUUGUGGACCCCUCUCAUCUCAUCAACUUCGCAAAUGAUGAUGAAAGUCCCAUUGUUCAAGAAGUUGCUCUAAGAUCAUUGGGAAAGUUGGGUGGAGGCCAAGGAGUCCCCGUUCUUAUCGAGGCUCUGUCUGAUAAACGUGCUCGAAUCGCAAUAUAUGCUCUGCGUACUGUGCUCAAAAGCAUGCCAAAAGCCGAAGUAUUCUCCAUCUUGAAAUCAGUUCCUCAGACAAAAGUCACCGUUGCAAAAGAGACUUUGCGCUUGAUUGGAGAACUUGAAACUGACGAAGCAUUCACGUGGCUUCUGGAGAAAGGCAAAGAGAGUCUCCAUCUUGACGUUCGUCUUGCUCUUUUCAAGGCACUACUGUCUUUUACAGAUCGCGAUGAAACGUGGGAGUUCUUUGAAGGUGUGGCAAACGAUCCAGAACCAGACAUGGUCAAGAUCGUAGCGACAAUUCCAGAAGACGGUCUUUUGUCAAAAGCCAAAGAGCGCUUGUUGGCGCUUCUACUUCAGCUCCUUGCUCAUUCGGAUCCUGUUGUCAGAAUAGCAGCUCUCAGGCGUUGUCAUUCAAAUCCUAUUCACGACCCGGACAAUCUUCUCGCACCUCGACUCUUUGAGCUUGUUCAUUCAGAUAUCAAGAACGAGGGUGAGGCGGCAUCAGAAGCUAUCUUCAAGACAUAUGCUACCUCCAAUAUCGAACUUAUACGAGAUACUUAUCGCAAGCUUAUUCAUAACAGAGAAAGGCUUGGAUUCUUCCAUGAUCAGUAUUGGUCCGUGGCAUAUGGCAGGAAGAAGAUGUUCAAUCCUGUUACUCACAUGAUCCUCGAUGUUCUGAAGGAAGAUCGAUUUUCAGUCAAACGUCGAGUCAAACUCAUGUUUGAUGCCUUGUAUUGGCCAGAAAUCAAACCUCACAUCUUUGAAAUUGUGCCCGAGCUGCACGCAGAUGCGCUGGUCGAGGCUGAGAAGGUCAUUGAAGAAAAUUCGACAAGAUGGAAGACGGAAAAGGAUGACUUGUUGGAAGCUGAGUUGGAGAUGGCUAAAAGUGGAGACGAGAGAGCGAGAAGAUUAGCAUUGUCAUUCUUGAUUGGCGGUGUAGACGAGAACAAGGGAUGGAAAAGAGCGGAGUCUGACCGACUUGAGAUAUAUAAGCAGGACUCUUCGCCAUUGGUGGCUGAAAGGGCUUGGGAGGUUGAGAUUGACGAGGAGGCCAAUGACUUGGAUGAUAAGGAGAGCACAUGAUUUAUCAAAGAGCUCUGAAAUCUAAAAAUCUUUCGGGCUUGCUCAUAUGAAAUGGGU